CCGCGCGCCGCUGCGUGUCGCUGCUGAGCGCGCAGGUACGAGCCGUGGAAUUAGCGCCACUUAGUUUGACGACGUCGAGGGGAAAGCUCUUGACUAAUGUUCUUUUUGACGCUCGCCCACUCCACGGAGGAGAGAUCCAGCAAGUGUCACUGGACGACAAUGAGCGUGGAAGUGUGAAGCUGCCGAUCAGCUGUGGACGUGACCAUUAUUCACUUUUAUUGCUACACUUGUCGCCACAAUGGGGGAACAACCCAUCUACACCACCAGGGCCCAUGUGUUCCAGAUAGACCCUAGUACCAAGAAGAACUGGGUCCCUGCCAGCAAGCAGGCGGUUACUGUCUCCUACUUCUAUGACAGCACACGCAACAGCUAUCGCAUCAUCAGUGUGGAUGGGACCAAGGUGAUCAUCAACAGCACCAUCGUGGCCAACAUGAUGUUCACCAAGACCUCCCAGAAGUUUGGUCAGUGGGCCGACAGCCGAGCCAACACAGUCUUUGGUCUGGGAUUCACUUCUGAGCAGCAGCUCUCCAAGUUUGCUGAGAAGUUCCAGGAAGUGAAAGAGGCAGCAAAGAUGGCAAGAGAGAAAUCUCAAGACAAGAUGGACAUCAGGAGCACACGUAUCGACCUCAAUAACGAUACUUUUGAUUUCAAGCAGGACUCUGGACCAGCAUCUCCAGAGUCCAAGCAGGCCUCCAGCUUCAAUGGCACUGAUGAUGAGAAGAUCUUCAAAGUGGGUCCAGAGAUGCUCCUGAUGAAGACUGAGCUUGAAAGUGAAGCAGAACAAAGCAGCAGCAGCAGGUGGGAGGCGGAGGUCCAGAGUCUUCGGGAGAAGAACUCCAGGCUGGUCCAGGACUUGAAUGAGUCGUCUAACAAGAUGGACGUGUGGAAGAAGCAAGUCAGCGCCUGCAAGGAGGAAAGUGACGCACUUCGACAAAAGAUUGCAGAGCUGGAGUUGCAGUGCCAGGAGGCGGGUCAGGAGCAGCAAAGGAACGCAGAACUUUCAGUGCGUGUGCAGCAGUUGGAGGCGGAGCUACGUGACAAAGAGCAGGAGGUAGAGAACCUGAGGAAGCAGGCAGAGAUAAUCCCCCAACUCAUGGCCGAGUGUGACAACAUCACCUCCAAACUGCAGGUGACAGAGAGCAGGAAGGUGGAGUUAGAGAGCAGGAUGGAUGUUCUCCACGUGGACGUAGAAGACAGCCGACAGAAGCAAAGCGGCGUGAAGGCGGAGCUAAAGAAGCUGACGGAGGUUCUGGACGCCAAGAUCGAAGAACUGCACGACUUCCGUCACGGCUUAUCUCGCCUGGGCGCCGACAACUGAACACUGGGGGCGUGUCCUCUCAACGUGGCUCCUCCCCCUUUGUGCUUUCCCAACAGGCUCGCUAAGGGCUACAAGCUAACGCUAACAACAACAAGUCCACUUCCUGCACAGGUGUUCCUCUCAGGUGUGUCACAUGACACCAAGUGCCUCCAGGCUUUUUGCUCUCCUCUGGACACUAGUACUGUAAUACUAGUACAUGUACUACCACUCUCAUACUAGUACUAGUACUAGUACUACUAAUGCAAGUACUCUACUUUUCUUUACACUUCAAGUCAACCCAAAUAAACAAAAGACACUUUUAAA